AAUUAAAGCCUUUCGAUAUUAUAACAUCUUUCUGUUCCGCAGUGCACCAAGAUGAGGUCGAUUCUUCUAAUUUGUGCUGUUCUGGGAGCUUCACAGGCAUCCUUUAAUAGUUUGCGUCCGUGGUGGCGUACUGAACAUCAGAACAGUCGUAUCGUGGGAGGUUUCGUGACUUCAAUCAACAAAGUACCAUGGCAGGUUUCGCUCCGGGAUACCAAACACAUUUGUGGAGGAUCCAUCAUCGGAGACCAAUGGGUUCUGACGGCUGGCCAUUGUACCGGAAGUUCCGACAAGCCGUGCCUAUCGGUCCGCAUGGGUAGCUCAAACUACAAUAAAGGUGGCGUAGAGAUCAAGGUCAAGCGAUCCAUCCGACAUCCUAAAUAUGGCAUUGAUACCACCUCAGACUACGACUUUGCGCUGUUGGAGUUGGAUCGGAAGAUUGAUUUUACCAAAAGCAUCAAGCCGAUUAAACUGCCGAAGCAGGACGGGGCGGUGCCGGAUGGCACCAUGUGUACCGUUUCCGGUUGGGGCAGCACCCAGAAUGUCGUGGACGAUUUAGCCUUACUGCGGGCAGCACAUGUUCCCACCAUAGAACAGAGCGAAUGUGUCCAACUGUAUUCCAACAAACACAGGGUAACUGACCGGAUGCUCUGUGCCGGCUACGCGAAAGGAGGAAUCGAUGCCUGCCAGGGAGAUUCCGGGGGUCCGUUGAUGUGCAGGCAGUUACUGAUCGGAGUCGUUUCCUGGGGCGAGGGUUGUGCCGAGGAAGGUUAUCCGGGCGUUUAUGCCCGGGUUGCGUCGGUACGCAAAUGGAUCAAGACCGUUAGUGGAAUUUGAUCGGGAGGAGUGGUCCAAGGAUUGGGUGUUAGGAAAAAUUCUUUUGGAGGUAUUUAAAUUAGUUUUUGGUUGAAUAAAUUUCAAAAUAUAUGCGUAUGUUUCCUACAACUUGAAAA